AGUCCAGCCGCAACCUGGGAGUGGGAACUGGAGGCAGCCCAGACCUUCUGGAGCCCGGCAGUCCUGGGGCAGAGACAGAAUCAGGACACAGCUCGAGGUCAGGGCCAGAGGCUGGAGGUGCGGGCCUAGAGCGAGCAGGGGCAAGGCAAGUGGGGAAGACGAAGAGAGGCAGGAUUAGAGAGAGGAGCCAGGUCAGGAAGAGGAGAGCUGGGAGAGACCCAAAGAGAAACAGGGCAGAUAGAGAGCGAGUGAGAGGCAGGAGCUGAGACACAGAUCCCAGAGGAAGAAGAUCAAAGGAAGAGGGCAGAGACAGAAAAGGAGGUGCUGGGACAGAAACCAAAGGGUGGCCCUCUCAGGGAAGCAGAGGAGAGGCUGUUCCAGGGAAGCCCAGCUCCGCACUUUUGGCCCCAACUCCCGCAGGUCUGCUGGCUCCAGGAAAGGUGGAGGAGGGAGGGAGGAGUGGGAGAAUGUGGGCGCAGGGUGGGACGUGGGCAUGGCCAGGGGCAACCUCGCUUGGGUUCCAGGGGUGAUGGGAGAGGGCACUCAGGGCCCAGAGCUCAGCCUUGACCCUGACCCUUGCUCUCCCCAAUCCACCCCGGGGCUCAUGAAGGAACACGCUGGAGGAGCAGGACCCUAGACCUCUGCAGCCCACACCAGGGCUCAUGGAGGGAACCAAGCUGGAGGAGCAGGACGCUAGCCCUCCACAGCCCACCCCAGGGCUCACGAAGGGGGACAAGCGUGAGGAGCAGGGGCUGGGCCCAGAACCUGCGGCACCCCAGCAGCCCACGGCGGAGGAGGAGGCCCUGAUCGAGUUCCACCGCUCCUACCGAGAGCUCUUCGAGUUCUUCUGCAGCAAUACCACCAUCCACGGCGCCAUCCGCCUGGUGUGCUCCCGGCACAACCGCAUGAAGACGGCCUUCUGGGCAGUGCUCUGGCUCUGCACCUUUGGCAUGAUGUACUGGCAGUUCGGCCUGCUUUUCGGAGAGUACUUCAGCUACCCCGUCAGCCUCAACAUCAACCUCAACUCGGACAAGCUUGUCUUUCCCGCAGUGACCAUCUGCACCCUCAAUCCCUACAGGUAUCCGGAAAUUAAAGAGGAGCUGGAGGAGCUGGACCGCAUCACACAGCAGACGCUCUUUGACCUGUACAAAUACGACUCCUCCCCCACCCUCGUGGCGGGCUCCCGCGGCCGUCGCGACCUGCGGGGCACUCUGCCGCACCCCUUGCAGCGCCUGAGGGUCCCGCUUCGGCUUCACGGGGCCCGUCAAGCCCGUAGCGCGGCCUCCAGCGUGCGGGACAACAACCCCCAAGUGGACAGGAAGGACUGGAAGAUUGGUUUCCAGCUGUGCAACCAGAACAAAUCAGACUGCUUCUACCAGACAUACUCAUCCGGGGUGGACGCGGUGAGGGAGUGGUACCGCUUCCACUAUAUCAACAUCCUGUCGAGGCUGCCGGAGACUCUGCCAUCCCUGGAGGAGGACACUCUGGGCAACUUCAUCUUCGCCUGCCGCUUCAACCAGGUCUCCUGCAACCAGGCGAAUUACUCUCACUUCCACCACCCGAUGUAUGGAAACUGCUAUACUUUCAAUGACAAGAACAACUCUAACCUCUGGAUGUCUUCCCUGCCUGGAGUCAACAAUGGUCUGUCCCUGAUGCUGCGCACAGAGCAGAAUGACUUCAUUCCCCUGCUGUCCACAGUGACUGGGGCCCGGGUAAUGGUGCACGGGCAGGAUGAACCUGCCUUUAUGGAUGAUGGUGGCUUUAACUUGCGGCCUGGCGUGGAGACCUCCAUCAGCAUGAGGAAGGAAGCCCUGGACAGACUUGGGGGCGACUAUGGCGACUGCACCAAGAAUGGCAGUGAUGUCCCUGUCAAGAACCUUUACCCUUCAAAGUACACGCAGCAGGUGUGUAUUCACUCCUGCUUCCAGGAGAACAUGAUCAAGAAGUGUGGCUGUGCCUACAUCUUCUAUCCGCGGCCCCAGAACGUGGAGUACUGUGACUACAGGAAGCACAGUUCCUGGGGCUACUGCUACUAUAAACUCCAGGCUGACUUCUCCUCAGACCACCUGGGCUGUUUCACCAAGUGCCGGAAGCCAUGCAGUGUGACCAGCUACCAGCUCUCGGCUGGUUACUCACGAUGGCCCUCGGUGACAUCCCAGGAAUGGGUCUUUGAGAUGCUAUCGCGACAGAACAACUACACCAUCAACAACAAGAGAAAUGGAGUGGCCAAGGUCAACAUCUUCUUCAAGGAGCUGAACUACAAAACCAAUUCUGAGUCUCCCUCUGUCACGAUGGUCACCCUCCUGUCCAACCUGGGCAGCCAGUGGAGCCUGUGGUUCGGCUCCUCAGUGCUGUCUGUGGUGGAGAUGGCCGAGCUCAUCUUUGACCUGCUGGUCAUCACAUUCCUAUUGCUGCUCCGAAGGUUCCGAAGCCGAUACUGGUCUCCGGGCCGAGGGGACAGGGGUGCUCAGGAGGUGGCCUCCACCCAGGCAUCCUCCCCGCCUUCCCACUUCUGCCCCCACCCCACAUCUCUGUACUUGUCCCAGCUAGACCCUGCUCCGUCCCCAGCCUUGACAGCCCCUCCCCCUGCCUAUGCCACCCUGGGCCCCUGCCCAUCUCCAGGGGUCUCCGCAGGGGCCAGCUCCUCCGCCUGUCCUCUGGGGGGGCCCUGAGAGAGGAGGAGAGGUUCCUCGCACCAAGGCAGAUGCUCCCCUGGUGGGAGGGUGCUGCCCUUGGCAAGACUGAAGGACGUGCAGGGCUUCCUCCCAGAGUCGCCCAAACUGCCUUUGAUGUGUGGAGGGGAAGCGAGAUGGGUAAGGGGCUCAGGAAGUUGCUCCAAGAACAGUGGCCGAUGAAGCUGCCCAGAAGUGCCUUGGCUCCGGCUCUGUACCCCUUGGUACGGCCUCUGAACACUCUGGUUUCCCCACCCAACUGCAGCUAAGUCUCCUUUUCCCUUGGAUCAGCCAAGCCAAACUUGGAGCUUUGACAAGGAACUUUCCUAAGAAAUGGCUGAUGACCAGGACAAAACACAACCAACGGUACACAUAGGCAUGCACAGGUUUCCUGCCUAGCGACGGCUGAAGCCAGCCCCUGACUGACCUGGCCACACUGCUCUCCAGUAACACAGAUGUCUGCUCCUCAUCUUGAACUUGGGUGGGAAACCCCACCCAAAAGCCCCCUUUAUUACUUAGGCAAUACCCCUUCCCUGACUCCCGAGGGCCAGGGCCGGAGCAGACCCGCGUAAGUAAAGGCAGCUCCAGGGCUCUUCUAGUCUCAUACCCGUGCCCUCACAGAGCCAUGCUCCGGCGCUUCCGUCCUGUGUCUUUCAUCCCUCUACAUGUCUGCUCAAGAUAUUUCCUCAGCCUGAAAGCUUCCCCAGCCAUCUGCCGGAGAACUCCUAUGCAUCCCUCAGAACCCUGCUCAGACACCAUUACUUUUGUGAAGGCUUCUGCCACAUCUUGUCUUCCCAAAAAUUGAUCACUCCCCUUUCUCCUGGGCUCCCGCAGCACAUUAUAACAUCUGCUGGAGUGUUGCUGUUGCACCAUACUUUCUUCUACGUUUGUGUCUGCCUCCCCAACUGGACUGUGAGGGCCUUGUGGUCAGGGACUGAGUCUUGCCCGUUUAUGUAUGCUCCACGUCUAGCCCAUCAUCCUGCUUGAAGCAAGUAGGCAGAUGCUCAAUAAAUGUUGGUUGCAUAAAGGA